AUGACCCGGCUGUUUCUGCUCUUUAUGAUUCUCCUGGCCCUGGACCUUGAUCACACUCCAAGUGGGAGAAAUGAAUUCAAACGAUGCUGGAGGGGCCCAGGGGCCUACCGGAUUUACUGCUUGAAGCAAGACACCUAUAUGCACCUGUGCCCGGAUGCUACCUUGCGUUGCCUCUCCGACAGAAGCAAGCCUCAGCUGCGCCCCUGCCUUCAGCAGGCACACCUGCUCUUCAAUAAAACACACACCCCUGUCUUCCUGGGUUGCUUAUUCGCUGUUCCCCAGCCCCAAAGGGAGGUGUGGGAUGUGUAG